AUGCUGCCGGCGUCCAUCGUCGUAGUUGCUCUGGCCGCCCUUUUAACGAGCACUAUGGUCGUCUCGAGUACUAUCGAUCCAAACGCUGUUGACGAACAUGAUGUCCCUCUUUCCUCGCGCGCGAGGGAUGGCUACGGCCACAACGCAAAUGCAAGACCGUUUUUAAGGACUGCUCAUACCUUCAAGGACUCGAAUACGCUGCAACCCGAUGAGGAGGAGAGAGGUGUAUUUACCAUCGCUGACGAAUUGAAGCCAGCGACGGCGAAGCUCCUGCAACGUCCCAUCGUGGGGAAGACGGCGGACGUGGCCGUAGCAGCAGCGGUAGAGGCGAAAGAACUAGCUCAUCAGCUUGCUCUGCAGUACAAGAUAACCAUCGGCGAGCUGUCGGAAAAGACGAAUCUGCUUUGGAACAAGCUCGCGGCAUCCCCGACCUUCGCAAGUCUUAAGACCGAGCUCACUCAGUUUGUACAGAAGAUCCUAAACACGAAGAUUGGCGACACAACGAUUGGCGAGCGCUUCAAAGCAGCUGAAGCGAAAAAAUCGUUCAAAACAAGCGCAGAUUCGGAUGCUGUUCGAACAACAGCGAGUGCGGCAAAGGUCCUUCACGACGACACCACAGCGAAAGCGUCUGUCGGAACCAGUAUCGGGGAUGAUGGCAAGUUGACAGCAAGUGCCGGACCCGGGGUAACCGAAGAUCACAAAGCGACGGUGGGUACUGAACCCAUUGCCUUGGUCAACGACAAGGUGAAAGCAAGUGCCGGACCCGGUGUCGAGGGUGAUGCCAAAAUGAAAGUGUCUGCCGAAACCGAUCUCGUGGAUGACGGCAAGGUGACAGCGAGUGCCGGGCCCGGGAUGACCGAAGAUCACAGAGCGACAAUGAGUGCGGAAUCCGGCGCUUUGGUCAACGACAAGGUGAAAGCAAGCGCCGGACCUGGUGUCGUGAGUGAUGCUAGGGUGAAAAAAAAAACUCGGCUCAGUUCCACGAGUGGCGAGAGAUCAAAAGUGAGUCCUGGACUUGGUUUUGCGUAUUACGACAAGACGAAAGCGGGUGCAGGACCCGGUAUCGUUGAUGCUGCCAAAGUCGAAGCGACAACCGGUCUCGCAGUCGCAGAUGGUGCUAAAGCAGAGCUGACCAAUAAGUUUGCUCGGGAUGAUGGGGUGCCAUAUACGGCGAUCUCGACUCAGCCAGAGGGCACAAAGACAGAUUUCCUGAGCACUUUGGCUGAUAGCUUGAAUCUUGCAACACUCACAAACACGUUCACGGAGCUCAUGGAGGAGGUAAAAAGCUGGAACUUCGGCGGCGAAACGCUAAAAGAACACGGCACAAAGGCUGAAAUGGAGAAGUUGCUUGGAUGA